AUGGACAACACAGAGCUGAAAAGAGGAAUUGUGAUCAAAGAUGACUGGCCAGGGUACAGUCUAGACCUGUUCACUUACCCUGAGCACUACCAUGAGGACAUAGAGAGUGUUUACAUUCCGCAUGGAGUAAUCAUGAACAGGGUCGAGCGUCUGGCCCACUACAUCACGGACGACUUCGGGGACAACAACAUAAUGGUGCUGUGCGUCUUGAAGGGAGGCUACAAGUUCUGUGCAGACCUGGUGGAGUUCAUCAAGGUUCUCGGCCGCAACUCCAACAAGUACCUGGAGACCCGGGUGGAGUUCAUCCGUCUGAAGAGCUACCAAGUAGGUGGACUGCAUAGUAAUGACCAAUCGACAGAGGAGCUGCACAUCAUAGGAAGCAGAGAUCUUUCUUUCCUGCGUGGAAAGAGUGUCCUCAUUGUUGAGGCCAUAGUUGACACAGGAAAGACCAUGAAGGCCCUUCUGAAGCAUGUGGAGACCUUUGAACCUAAGAUGGUCAAGGUCGCAGGUCUGUUGGUGAAGAGGGUCCCUAACAUGGCUGAAAGUCUGACAGACUAUGUUGGAUUUGAAAUUCCCAACCACUUCGUUGUUGGCUAUGCUUUGGACUACAAUGAAUACUUCCGUGACCUGAAUCAUAUCUGUGUCAUCAGCAAGACUGGAAAGAUGAAGUACAAAGUUUGA